AUGUCGUCGUCGUCCCGAACAUACGAUGAGCUCGUGAAGCUCCACGAGAACGCGCCCGACCGUGCUGCCAUGGAACAGCAGCUGCAACAGCUCCGCCAGAACUCUCGUCUAUCGAUCCCGACCUUUGUCCGCAUCCCUGCAGCUUCCGCCGUCUCGUUUUCAAUCGGAAUGGGCCUGGGUCUUGCACAGGGCAGCAAGAUGGCCGGCCUCCAGUUCCGCGCCGAGCACGCCCACAAGCUGCCUACGACCACCACGGGAUGGUAUCUCUAUCACAAGAGCAAAAACUACCACGUUGCAUAUGGCGGCAUCAAGGAGGGCUUGAAGAUGGGCACAAGAGUCUGCGUGUGGACUACGGCCAUGUUCACUAUCGAGAACAUGUUCGACGUCUACCGGGGCUCAAUGGACUUCGUCAACACUGUCCUGGCCUGCGUGACAGUUGCAGGCGGCUUCAGUCUCUGGAGUAUGCCUUUGUCUAUUCCUACCUGGAUCUGA